AUGGCAGAACGUGAUCAAAAUCAAUCCGGUAGCACUGGCAAUCUUUCGCGAGAUGGUCAAAGUCGCUGGUGGCAUCAAUGGACAGCAUCCUUUACUUCACCAGCAGAUCCGCAACAACGGCAACAACAACAACAGGUCAUGGGUAGUGAUAUGGUGUUGCCAUCACCAGCACCAGUGCCCAUUGCUACAUCAACACCACGAACACCAGGGACACCACCGCGACCGAUCUUAGUACAGAACCAUGUGACGAAACGGAAAGAGAAGCGUCGACGCCAACGUCAACGACGACGCGAACGAAAGGAACAGAAAGCACAACAACAACAGAAUGGUUCCGAGCAGCCCAUCGAUGAAGAACUGGCCACUCAGAUGCAAGUCUGGACUGUACAUGCACCAAAGCAAACGAAUAUCAAUAAACCAGGCGACAUGGAACAAGCGGAUACAAUACAACAAGCUCUGGAUUCAAUAUUAGAAUCAAUUGAAAACGAUUUCAUCGAUUCUGGACCAGCUAAAGCGUGA